AUGGAGUUUACUGAUAUUUACCGCAUUGUUUUGCCCAUAACUUGUUGUAUAACGCUAACUACUCCAUUUGACAUACAUUCAACUCUAAUGGACAUCCUGCACUGGCCAAGUGUGGAAGAACAGAAAACAGUUGGUCAGCUGAGCAAGCGUUCGCUGUCCCUCUUUCGGCCAAUACCAUCGAACCGCACUUGCAGACAUGCUGGCAUCGAGCCGCAUUGGUGCACAUGUUUGAACUGGGAAUUAGUCACUGACCCGGCGCAACUCCCAUUAUCCACAAUGCUUGUCCAGACGGUUAUCGAUGUGUUCAACAAUGAAACGGAACCGGAGCGAACUUCAUGCGCU